UGACGCAAUGAACGCCAGUUGAGCAAGUCAUUCAGAGAGAGAGUUUGAGGGACGCGGCAUUGACAUCCACUAACUGCCACACAUGCAUGAAAGUGUCCACUGCUGCUGUUGCUGCUGCUGGUGGAUGACUUCCCUUUGUCCCUCGGCUUUUUAACCAGCCCCGGGUCUCACUUCACAGCAGAGUUCAGAAUUGCACUUACCAUGUCUACGGUGGCUCCUCUGCUGUGAGCACACAAAGGUUAUGCUGCCCAAAAGCUGUCUGAGUCCCAGUGAGAAAGAGAAGGGCUAAAGCCGCACCGAUCCAAACCAUCUUUUCCAGAGCCUCUCCAGCAGCGACUCCUCUGUGGAGCCAUGAGCAACCCCAACCACAUUACAGAUACCGUGUCAUCGGUUAUUCACAGUCCAGACGCUCCUGCUGCCUCAUCACUACACGGGGCUCCGCGCCCUGAAGAGGAGGAUGAUGGGGACCUGAACAAAGCGUUGGGGGUCCAGCGCUUCCAGCAGAUCCUCAGCCCCGCUGCUGCUGUACCUGAUGAACAGCACCACAACUACCACGAGGAGGACAUUGAAUACCACCGUCACUCCUCGCACCACAUUCACAGACCUCUGUCCAAACUGCCCUCUGACGGACGCAGGAAGAAGAGCAACAAAAAAAGGAGAAAGGACAAAGAUCACAAAAGCAGCCAUGUUCCCAGCAGCGGCCCCAUAGAGGAGGGAGAGGAUGAAGAGGAAGAGGAGGAGGAGGGGACAGAGACUUCUGGUCCAUCUGACACGGAGAGAGUCAAAGAUGUGGAGUUCUUUCUUUCUGAUGAAGACCAAGUUGCCAAACUAGGCAAAGAGAGCCCUCACUCUGCCCGUGCGCUGGAGAUUGUGCCGCAGUCUGGGGUGGGAGCUGAUCCUGAAGAUGCAUCUUCCUCAGAUAAGCCAGUCUCUUCCACCGCUUCCAGCCCCUCACCCCAGUUGGUGCCGCCUGAAAGCAUACCACUGGCCCGGGUGUCCUCCACCAGCCGCAGCUACGACCUGCAGGACCGCCGGCGCACAGGCAACAUGACGGGGGCUGAGCAGGCCAAGUACCAGCGCAUCCCAACCGACGAGAGCGAGGCUCAGACGCUGGCCUCCGCUGACCUGGACGGCAUCAAGAGUCAUCGUUUUGAAGAUGUUCCCGGCGUGCGCAGACACCUGGUCAGAAAGAGCACCAAGGGUCAAGUGGUGCACACCGGCAAGGACCACAAAGAACAGACCACUCGCAGCCGUAAGCAGGACCGGACCCCGCAUGAGCCGUUACCGGUGGUUCUGUAUCGAUCCGCCUCGGGGCAAGAAGGCGUCCUGCUGGACAUGAUGGACUCCGGUCAAAUGGCUCGGUACAAGAAGGUGUUUGUGGAGCUGAAUGAGCUGACCAUGGAUAAGAACCAGGAGAUGCAGUGGAAGGAGACUGCUCGAUGGAUCAAGUUUGAGGAGGACGUGGAGGAGGAGACGGACCGCUGGGGGAAGCCUCACGUUGCCUCGUUGUCCUUCCGCAGUUUGCUGGAGCUCCGAAAGACCAUCUCACACGGUGCAGUGCUGCUGGACCUGGACCAAAAGACCCUGCCUGGCAUCGCCCAUCAGGUGGUGGAGAAGAUGAUUAUUUCCGACCAGAUCAAAGCUGAGGACCGGGCCAACGUCCUGAGGGCCCUGCUGCUGAAACACAGGUGGCUUCACACAUGGUCACUUCCUUUCUUCCUCCUGCUCACCCUCUCUCUUCCUCUCCCUGCCUCCCCUAGUCACCCGAGCGAUGAGAAAGAGCACAGCAGCCCUUUCCCCAGGAACAUCUCGGCGGCCAGCCUGGGCAGCCUCAUGACACACCACCACAGCGGCAACCACUCCCACCAGACAGAUCCUUCAGUGACCGACCCGCUCAUGAGCACCGUCACAGCGGGGGACACGGAGACCCGCAUUGACGUGGAGAAAAACGAGAAAGAGCCGUCUUUGGUGUCCGGUAUGCAUCGCUCCAAAUCCAAACACGAGCUCAAGCUGCUGGAGAAGAUCCCUGAGAACGCUGAGGCCACUGUGGUCCUUGUGGGCAGUGUGGAUUUCCUGGAGCAGCCUACCAUGGCGUUUGUGCGUCUGCAGGAGGCCGUGGAGCUGGAGUCCGUCCUCGAGGUCCCCGUGCCGGUCCGGUUUCUGUUUGUCCUGCUGGGACCCCCCACCACCAGCAUGGACUAUCACCAGAUUGGACGCUCCAUCUCCACACUCAUGUCCGACAAGCAAUUCCACGAGGCAGCCUACCUGGCAGACGACCGGCAGGACCUGCUGAACGCCAUCAACAGCUUCCUGGACUGCAGCAUCGUGCUGCCGCCCUCAGAGAUGGGAGGCGAUGAGCUGCUGCGCUCCGUCGCUCGCUUUCAGAGGGAGAUGCUGCGCAAGAGGGAGGAGCAGGGGGUCAAACUGAUCAAGGAGCCCAAAAGCCCGGAAGAUAAAGAGGCCCCCCCCUUGAAGAAGUCAGACGACCCUUUAAAGCGCACCGGGCGGCCUUUCGGCGGGCUGGUACGAGACAUGCGUCGCCGUUACCCCAAGUACCUCAGCGACUUCAAGGACGCUCUGAACAGUCAGUGCAUGGCAGCCGUAAUCUUCAUCUACUUUGCUGCCCUCUCUCCAGCCAUAACGUUCGGAGGCCUACUGGGCGAGAAGACGGACGGUCUGAUUGGUGUUUCUGAGCUUAUCGUGUCCACAGCAGUGCAGGGUGUGAUCUUCUGCCUGCUCGGGGCGCAGCCGCUACUCGUUGUGGGUUUCUCGGGACCCCUGCUGGUUUUUGAAGAAGCCUUUUAUAGUUUCUGUAAAACCAACGAAAUGGAGUACCUGACGGGCCGCGUCUGGAUCGGGUUCUGGCUCAUCGUCAUCGUGAUCGUCACGGUAGCCUUUGAGGGAAGCUUCCUGGUCCGCUUCGUCUCCCGCUUCACCCAGGAGAUCUUCUCCUUCCUCAUUUCCCUCAUCUUCAUCUGCGAGACCUUCAUCAAGCUUGGCAGGAUUUUCAAAGAGCACCCCCUUAAACGUUGCUCUCUCAACAACGGCACUGAAGGGGACACGUGGGUAGAAAAUAUCCCACUGGAUCAUGGCAACGGCACGCUGCCGGUGACGCUGGCAGUCCGAGGCGAACCCAACACUGCGCUGCUCUCUCUGGUCCUGAUGGCCGGAACAUUCUUCAUUGCCUUCUACCUGAGAAAGUUCAAGAACAGUGCCUUUUUCCCUGGCAGGUUGCGCAGGAUUAUUGGAGAUUUUGGCGUCCCAAUUGCCAUCCUCAUCAUGGUCCUUGUGGAUUACAGUAUAAACGACACAUAUACACAGAAACUGAGCGUUCCCAAUGGUUUCUCUGUGACCAGUCCCUCGAAGCGUGGCUGGAUCAUCAGCCCUCUGGGUACCAACGGGGAAUUCCCCAUCUGGAUGAUGUUCGCCUGCUGCUUGCCCGCUUUGCUCGUCUUCAUCCUCAUCUUCAUGGAGACUCAGAUCACGACUCUGAUCGUGAGUAAGAAGGAGCGCAUGCUGGUGAAGGGUUCUGGUUUCCAUCUGGACCUGCUGCUGAUCGUGGUGCUGGGCGGCAGCUCGGCUCUGUUCGGCCUGCCGUGGAUGGCCGCGGCGACCGUUCGCUCGGUGACCCACGUCAACGCCCUCACUGUCAUGAGCAAGGCCGUCGCCCCCGGAGACAAGCCGCGCAUCCAGGAGGUGAAGGAGCAGAGGGUCACCGGGCUCCUGGUGGCCAUCAUGGUUGGCAUGUCCAUUGUGAUCGGUGACCUGCUGCGUCAGAUCCCACUGGCGGUGCUGUUUGGUAUCUUCCUCUACAUGGGGGUGAUGUCCCUUAAUGGUAUCCAGCUAACAGAGCGGAUGAUGCUGCUGCUCAUGCCACCAAAGUACCACCCGGACCACACCUACGUACGCAAGGUGCGCACACUGCGUAUGCAUCUGUUCACCUGCAUCCAGGUGGUGUGUUUGGCGGCUCUGUGGGCUGUCAUGUCCACUCAGGCGUCCCUGGCCUUCCCCUUCGUCCUCAUCCUCACCAUCCCGGUGAAGAUGUUCGUGCUGCGGCGCAUCUUCACCAGCAGAGAGAUUGCAUGUCUGGACGCAGACGACGCAGAGCCGAAGUUUGACGAGCGCGAGUGUCACGACGAGUACUCGGAGAUGCACAUGCCUGUGUAACCCGCUGCAAGGCCUGGUAUCAACACUUGAAACACUCACCACUGUGCACCCUCUUCAUCAUCACUAAGACUUUUGAACAUACAGUACGUGGGAGGACUUGGUUCAACUUUAACUAUUUAAGUAGUUUGUUUUUUUUAUCAGAUUGUUGGGGAUGAUCUGCUGGCUGACGGCACUAAAGAUUGAACCCCAACUGAGAUCAAAAAUCAACGUCUGUUCACUCAUACUAUACUUUUAAAAAUAUAUAUAUAUUUCAGGGGACAAGAGAUUUUAAAUCAAAUGAUCUCGAGCUCUAAUUAUGCUAUUUCAUUAGAUAGAUUUGCAAGACUGAUUUAAUUUUAGCCCUGAAAGGUUUCUCUGAUUCACAUUGAAUAUGUGGAGGAUAUAUGGGAUACAUUCUUUUAUAUUAUCAUGUUGAGUCAUCGCUAUUCAAGUCUGCGGUUUUUGGUUUUGUUUUAAGCUCACCAAGCGCCUUAUGAAGGAAAUAAAAAGGUAUACUUAGAGUUAUUUUUUUUCCUGAUUCUGUCUCAUGUCAGACCGUUGAUCACUUUAGCCGCCUCCUGAAGCUCAUAGCACUUUUAAAAAAACCAAAUCUAACAAUGACUGUAUUUUAUGUAAUCACUUGUAUCUCCAGGUCCUCUUGAAUCCUUUAAAUAUCUAUGUUGCUUUGGUUUUCUUCUUAAACAAUUAUCUGUGAUUGAUUUUAAGCCUGUCCUUCUUCCACAAUAUAUAUAUUUUUUUUACUCAUAAGCAACAGUUUAGAUGAGUUGGGGUUUAAUGGACCUGCAGUGAGGUACGAUCACCAGCAGGGGGAGUACUGUGACGAUGAAGGAAAAAACAGCAGUACAAGAAAAGCUUCUCUAUCCACCAGAGAUAUGACAUCAUGUGAUACUAACACAGUGGCAUAAUAAAUAUACUCUAAAUGUCUCUACGCACAUGUUAAGGGCACUAAUGAAUUAAUGUAGAGUUUGUUUCACUUGAGGUGUUUUUGGGAAUCACUGUAAUUUGUUGGUUUCUUUGUCCAAGUGCCAAAUGUCUUGUGUAAAUAGUUUUGUGAUCAGAACAAUAAGCUGCAGUCCAGCUAUCUCACAGUUUCAGCCUAAAUUAACCACCUGUCAUAGUUUAACAUUCCUUAUUUUCUCAUAAUUGUGCUUUUUUUUUGGCGUCUAUACAUUUUUUUAAAACAUAUUCACACUCAAAUGAACUUGGUCGACCAAAUUUCCACACAACCUGUGUAGACAAUCUCAUAUUCAUGCAUUACUGAGAGGGAAGGCUUUUAAAAUAUAUAUAUGUCUUUUUUGGUUUUAUGUCAUGUUGUAUCAGUGUGACAUGGAUUGGUUAAAGCUUUGACUGUGUCAAAUAAGUUCAGUCCUCUGUUAGUCUCGAGUGUGUAUUUCAGACACUACUUCUCCCUGUCCCAUCUCAGUCCGACUGUCGUGAUCUUGUGCAUGUUUGGUGUCACAAAAGUGCAAAAUCUUUGAAAAAAAAGUGCCUGAGGGACCAUGAAGCGAUCACGUACAAGUGUCUUUUCCGUUUGUAAGGACGGCACGCAUGUUACAUUAGUUUGCACUUUGAGACGCUCACAAAUGAAACAUCUCUCCAUUAUUUAUCCGUUGCAGUAUGCAGCAUUAUUCCUGCUGUUGAAUGGUUAUUUGACACAUUUAGCAGUUAAAAAAAAAAAAAUCAAACUCCCAUUUUGCUGCAUCGUGGACACUGAAGGGUUGAAGAGAAGUAGGCACUGUCGGUUUUAUGUUUGCUUACUGUGCCUGUGGAUUGAGUGAAGUUGGUCUGUGUAUGCCAAAGUUUCUGUCGAAGUUGUGCAAUGCUGAUGCGAUGUGUUGUUCAUUUCAAAAGCAAUACCAAGUCCCAGAGGCUGUUGCUGAAUUUCUGUUGUACAUUCAUGGUUAAAAUAUUGAUGACAAAUAAAAGUUAUUUUCUAUUUA